UCUAAGUAGUCCACCCAAGCUCAAGUCAAAAACUCAUUCCCAAGAGGUGGCGAAAACUUGCCCAAUACUUCUGAAACGUGGCAGCCAUUGAUGGUCAAAGAAGCCGCACUCGAAUGGAUAUUCACAAAUCAGAGUUGAAUUUCUCCUCCCUUUUAGUCGUCUUCUUCACCUUCAAAUGGCGGCCAUCUACAGGACUAAUAACCUCUUUACUCUUGCUGUCUCUCUUAGUUCGCUCAACUUCCUCGCUCCUGCCCCCCAUCUCCUCCUCCUCACCCUAUCAAAAAUCUAGCUUUUUUUAGGUUUUUGCUUCUUGCUUCUUCUUUCCCGUUUAUAAAGCACCCACCUUUCCAUUCCCUUCUCACGGUUUCUCUCUUCUUCUUCCUUCCUAAACCCCAAAAUCCCAUUUUUUUUGCUGCUCGGAAGGGAUGGGAAAUUCAGAUUUAUCGUCUGGCGACGGCUUUGAAUCUGAUGACUCCGGGAUUGUUAACAGCAUCAGCAUCGAAGUCAUGGUGGCCGCCGUGAUCUUCCUCUUCCUGGUAGUCGUCUUCGUCCUCUUCCUUUACCUCUAUGCUAGAAACUAUUGGGGCAGCUCCCGUAGACGAGCACAGCAAAUCGUCGCCGCCGGCGAUGCUCCUACCCCUACCCGCGGGCUCGAGCUUUCCAUCCUCCGUUCUCUUCCCGUCACGAUCUAUAACCGGAGUGAUUUCAAGGACGGGCUCGAAUGCACUGUUUGUCUCUGCGAGCUCUCCGAUGGUGAAAAAGCUCGAUUUCUCCCAAAAUGCAAUCAUGGCUUCCAUCUUCAAUGCAUCGAUAUGUGGUUUUACUCUCACUCGACCUGUCCGCUUUGCCGCUGCGCGGUGGGCUCCGAGGCGGCAGCCACCGGCGACGACAACGAACCUGCUUCGCCGGCGUCCGCCGCCGCCGGAGAUGCAGACCCGCAACCAGAAUCUCCGGCUUUUCCCACAAAUGUCCUGUUUUGGGGGAAUCAGGACCAGGUGAAUUCACGGACCUCCGCGAAUUCCACGAGAAACUUAGUCAUCAUGCUUCCGAAUCGAACGGCCGGAGAUUUUUCUUCUCCCACAUCUCCAUUGCCGUCGAGCAGGUUUCCAUUGGAGAACAUCAAGUCGCCAUCGGAGGAGGUGAGAUCUCCGGGAGCGUCAAAGUUGAGAUCUUUAAGGCGGCUCUGGAGCAGGGGAAAGAGGACGACUGAUUCCAGCUGCACUAGUCCCAUUGGAGCUGAUAUUGAGCAAGGUUUCGGUGUCUCCAAUGGUGAAGGAAGCUCAAAUCUUCCUAAAACUCCUUCAAGCUCUUAACUCAAUCUUCUUCAGCAAUGAAAAAUGUAUAAAGAAUUAUGUAUAAAGAGAUUAAUUUCUUUAUUUUUCAAGGAACAGAGAAGCACAUCUCUGAUCUCUCUCCCCUUCUAUCAAGAUGUGAUUA